AUGAGAUCAUUACUUUUGUUGUUCGUAGCUUUAUCUUUCAGCUAUGUCUUUGCUGAAAGCGCCUUCCCUGUUCAUAUCGGUAGUGUAUUAAGUGCCAUCGGUGGUGGCGGUGGUGGCAGUAGUGGUAGCUCUCGUGAACCGAAAUACAAGAUUGAAUUCCAUCCCGAAGAAUCUCCUUUUCACCCUGAUGAUGACCAGGAAUCUAUAGUUUUACCUGAUAAAAAUGGACAGAAAUUUAUAUGUUACUUGCCUAAGGUGGAAAAGGAAAAAAGUGGAAAGCCUCCUAUACAGCAAAACGUUAGCAGCAUGAUUGUUGAAACUGAGAAAAGGGUUAAACAAAAGACACCAGAUGAACUGUUAGAAGUAUUGAAGGGUCCGUGCGUUAUCAGACAAGAAGGUUGGUGGUCUUAUGAGUUUUGCUAUCACAAGAAAUUGCGGCAGCUGCAUUUGGAAGAUGAUAAGGUAGUCCAGGAAUUUGUCUUGGGUGUGUAUGAUCCUGAGGCAACAGCUGCAUUUAACCAAAACCUUUCCAACAUAUCUACAUUUAAAGAUCCUCGCUCAAAGGAUGCCUCACAAAGAUAUCAUGCUCACCAAUAUACUAAUGGAACCAUAUGUGAUCUUACAAAUAAGCCAAGAGAGACUGAGGUGAGGUUUGUAUGCUCAGAACCCAGAGCCAUGAUCAGUUCAAUCACAGAGAUUUCAACUUGCAAGUAUGCACUUACAGUUCAUGUCCCUAUGCUAUGCAAGCACCCAUUGUUUCAAGAGGAGAGACCAGUAUGGCACACCAUAGACUGUAAUGCGCUUCCGAAGGAUUACAAGGUUUCUAAAGUGAGACAAGAAGACGAAGAUAUGGAGAUUGUUAUGGUCACUGAUUCAGAAAUUGAUGAUUCAGAACAAUGA